UUGAGAAUAAUCACCGAUCGUGACGUGUUCGUUAAAGUGCGCGAACACUUUUUACAUGAGUGUAAUUGUUAUUGAAAAGCAACGAUUCUUUCUACGAAGAAUGUUCGCGUCGGUAUAGUAGAAACGAUACUUCAAAUACACAGUUCGAGCAUGUGUAUACGUUAGUACGUUGAGUAUCGUAGGAUGCGUGUAGAUUAUAAGCAUGAAGCAAAGAAUGGGUGGUUGGGAACAGCAGGUGUAGAAAUUACCGCGGUGGUUUUGAUGAUAAAAAAAUAACGUUUGCUUGAAAAGAACAUAGUGUAACAAUAACAGUGACAUUCGCGGGCAGUUGUACGUUCUGUAAGAAUAUUUGAUUGCUAUUGGUGUACGUACGUGAUUACAGGUUUACAUAUAAUAAAAAAGAACAUUUUGCACCGGCUUGUACCGCGUAACUGUCCCGAUCGAUUUAUCUUACGAUUAUUCUACAAUGGAAGCUUUAAUACCUGUAAUAAAUAAAUUACAAGAUGUAUUUAAUACCGUUGGCUCUGACGCUAUACAAUUACCUCAAAUCGUUGUACUUGGUACACAGAGUUCUGGAAAGUCAUCUGUAAUUGAAAGUCUAGUUGGUCGAUCCUUUUUACCACGAGGUACUGGUAUAGUUACUAGACGCCCCUUAAUAUUGCAACUUGUUUAUGCACCCAAAGAUGACCGCGAACAUCGAAAUGCAGAAAGUGGGACAUUAGACCUAGAUGAAUGGGGCACAUUUUUACAUAUGAAAAACAAAGUCUAUACAGAUUUUAAUGAAAUCCGUAGGGAGAUAGAAUCUGAAACAGAGCGUAUGGCUGGAUCUAACAAAGGAAUUUGUCCAGAGCCAAUUAAUUUGAAGAUAUAUUCGGCGUCAGUUGUUAAUUUAACUCUGAUAGAUCUUCCUGGUAUCACAAAGGUACCAGUCGGCGACCAACCAGAAGAUAUUGAGAGUCAAAUACGACAGCUUGUGUUAAAGUAUAUAUGUAAUCCUAAUUCUAUUAUAUUAGCUGUUGUUACUGCGAAUACUGAUAUGGCUACAAGUGAAAGUUUAAAGCUUAGCAAAGAUGUUGAUCCAGAUGGAAGGCGUACAUUAGCUGUUGUUACUAAACUGGAUCUUAUGGAUGCUGGAACUGAUGCUAUAGAUAUAUUAUGUGGAAGAGUUAUCCCUGUAAAAUUAGGAAUUAUUGGAGUAGUUAAUCGUUCCCAACAGGAUAUAAUGAAUAAUAAAAGUAUUCAAGAUGCAUUAAAGGAUGAAGCUGCAUUUCUGCAACGUAAAUAUCCUACUUUGGCAAACAGAAAUGGAACUCCUUAUUUAGCUAAAACAUUGAAUCGCUUACUCAUGCACCAUAUUCGGGACUGUCUGCCAGAGUUGAAGACGAGAGUAAAUGUCAUGGUUUCACAAUUUCAAACUCUUCUUAAUUCGUAUGGUGAGGAUGUUUGUGACAAGAGUCAAACAUUGCUCCAAAUUAUUACGAAAUUUGCAAGUAGUUACUGUUCCACGAUUGAAGGAACAGCUAGAAACAUAGAAACGACUGAAUUAUGCGGUGGCGCUCGAAUUUGUUAUAUAUUUCAUGAAACAUUUGGAAAAACGCUAGAUUCUAUACACCCGCUGGCGGGUCUGACAAAAAUGGAUAUUUUGACGGCCAUUCGAAAUGCAACUGGACCACGACCUGCGCUAUUUGUACCCGAAGUUUCUUUUGAAUUAUUAGUUAAGCGACAAAUUCGCAGACUAGAAGAACCAUCGUUACGAUGCGUAGAACUUGUACACGAAGAAAUGCAAAGAAUUAUUCAACAUUGUGGUACUGAAGUGCAACAAGAAAUGUUACGUUUUCCAAAAUUGCACGAGCGUAUCGUUGAUGUUGUAACGCAGUUACUACGUCGACGUCUUCCACCUACUAAUCACAUGGUGGAAAAUUUAGUUGCUAUAGAAUUAGCAUACAUCAAUACUAAACAUCCAGAUUUUCAUAAGGAUGCAGCUCUUGUGUCAUCUUUAUUAAAGAACUCUAAUGUGGAUCAUGUAAAACACAACAGAAAACUUCCUUCUGCAAAUUCCACAUCAAAUACUGUAGUUUCAAAUGACACUAAUGUAAAAUCACUCAAUAAUCAAGAUGAAGUGGCAUCUUUUCCUGAGCAGAAUAAGGACCAAGGACAUCAAAUGGUGUUAAGUAACUGGUUAUUAAAUAAUCUUAUACCUCAAGGAAGAACUGAAAGCAGUUCGGUUGAUGGUUCUCCAGUAAGGAAUCGUGAAACCAGUACUUCUCCUCACCCAAAUCAAAAUACAGUAAUUGAAAUACAGAAAGCAUCUCCGCAACAAAAACCUGUAAAUCUACUGCCUGAAGUACCAGUGCAAACAUCUCGUAAACUAAGUGAACGAGAACAACGAGACUGUGAUGUAAUUGAAAGAUUAAUAAAAUCAUACUUUUAUAUUGUACGAAAAUCUAUACAAGAUAGCGUACCCAAAGCUGUCAUGCAUUUUCUAGUCAACUAUGUAAAGGAUAAUUUACAAAGUGAACUCGUAACACAUUUAUACAAAUCAGAUCACGCUGAAGUUCUUUUAAAUGAGAGUGAACACGUCGCUGUUAGGCGCAAAGAAGCAGCAGAUAUGCUAAAGGCACUAACACAAGCUGGUCAUAUUAUUAGUGAAAUUCGAGAAACGCACAUGUGGUAACUGAUUUUAUAUAUUAUUUACAUGAUCAGUUUAUAGUUCAAUUUAGACAAUUUGAUGGUUUCAUAAAUAAACUGACAGACGAGAUGAUGUGUACCUCUAAAUACUGUAUAUAAAUUGUAUUUUUCGUGCAAGUAGUCUUUAUAAUUACAACAGUUAUUUUUAAGGUUUUAACAUGCAUUUUGUUUUAGUUUUAUUUUAUAGAAUAAAAUACAAUCACACGUGCAUUUGUAGUAAUCAUCGAUAUUAAACGAUCAAUGUAUUACCACUUAUAACAAUGGUGCUCGUGCCAUGACUUUAAAAGCCUUACCAAAGUUAUGCAAAUAUCUAAUUUACAUAAAAAAACGAUCACGAAUGCUGGGCAGUUUGUUAUAUUUUGUAACAUUUUGCACUACAUGAAAAAAUUGAAAAAUGGCAAUAGCUAAUACAAAAGAUAUGUAAUGUAAAAAAAUCUUGUUUUUGAAUGCUUGUGAUACAGGUCCUGAGUCGUGUGUGUGUGUCCACGUGUGUAUGUAUAUAAUACGUAUAUACAUAUUAAUAUUUUUUUGUUGAUUUAUUACUAUUGAGAGGUACAACCAAACUGAUUGUAACACUGAAUAAUACAUUGUUGUGUUUUAAUAGUUUCAAUGUUGGGUGCGAUGAGAUACUUCUCAAUAAACUGUAUAUGCUCAAGUAA